UCUCUAUGUAGCGACGCACCACUGACUAACAACGUAGCUCGUUGGAUUUCCAACGUGGAUUAUGUUUUGUAACGAGCCAGGAGUGAACACCUUUACGGUUUAACUAGGAGCCUGUUUUCUAGUUUCUCGACCUUGUCAUUGGAUGCUAACUUGAUGGUGACUGAGCGAGCGACAGAUGAGUGACCGCACGGACACCCAGCUUUUUCACCUGGUGGACAUCUGAACUCUGGAAGAGUGAGGUGUGUGAGGAAGAUGCUGGGCUCAGAGCAGGGAGGAGUGGUGGAGGAAUGGUUGUCAGAAUUCAAGACUCUACCAGAAACCCACAUCUCCACCUAUGCAGGCAGCCUUCACCUGAAGAAGUCUCUGGUGCCAGCUCUCUACAGAGUCAUCCAGGACAGCAGCAGUGAGCUCCUUGAGCCUGUCUGUCACCAGCUGUUUGAGAUGUACCGGAGCUCUGAGGACCGCCUGAGACGCUUCACACUGCAGUUCCUUCCAGAGCUGGUCUGGGUGUACCUCCGCAUCACCGCCAGCAGGGACCGCCAGAGCAACGGCUGCAUAGAGGCCUUGCUGCUGGGCAUAUACAACCUGGAGAUUGUGGACAAAGAUGGGAACAGCAAGCUCCUGUCGUUCACCAUCCCCUCCCUGUCCAAGCCCUCUGUGUAUCACGAGCCCUCCAGUCUGGGCUCCAUGGGUCUGACCGAGGGAGCUCUGAGUCAUCAUGACCUCAUCAGGGUCGUCUACAGCGGGCUGCACCCUCAGAGAGAAACUUUCACUGCCCAGAACAGGUUUGAAGUGCUGUGUUUCCUCAUGUUGUGCUACAACUCUGCUGUGGUCUACAUGCCUCUCUCCUCCUACCAGUCUGUCUGCAGGAUGAGCUCACGGUUGUGUGUAUGUGGUUUCCCGCAGCAGCAGCAGAAAGUGUGGAGAGAGCCGUGUAACCGUGUGGUCCUGGACCCAGAGUUCAUGGUCCAGAUGCUUACCGCCGUGUACCAUGCCAUAUAUAAUGGCGAGUGGGAGAUGGGGAAGGAAGCUCUGGAAGACAUCCUCUACAGAGCUCAGCUGGAACUCUACUCUCAGCCCCUACUGCUGGGUAACGCUAUGAAGAGUUCCCUGCCAGACAACGCUCCAGACGAGACACGAGGCAGGAAGGUCCUUCAGGUGGAGGUCACUCCAACCGUCAGUCGCAUCUCCCGCUCCGCCAUCACUGCUGCAUCCAUCAGACGACACCGCUGGAAGAGGGAGGAUUGUUUUGACUACACAAACGAAGCAGAGCUCAGUGUCACCAUCACUCCUAGCCACACCUCCUGGGAUCCAGCAGCCAAUCGAGAGCGAGGAGGGCGGGGCUACAUCAUCAUCCCCCCUGUCACAUUGGAGUGUAGGCAGGAACGGGAGGAGUCACAGAGCAAUGCUGAUGGGAUGAGUGUAGGUGAGGAAUCAUUCAACCUCAACGACCCAGACGAGGGUUUCUCCUCAGGGGCUUCCAACAGCAGCCAGCCCAGCGCCACCAAGCCUGGGGGCCCCGGGCCCCGGGGGGGCAGUCAGAAGAGCAGCAGCGUCAAGAAGACUGUCACUGCCAGACUGUCCCGAGAGAGAGAGCGGGAGCUGAUGCAUAGGGAGAAGGAGAUGGAGAAGAUGAAAGACCAGGAGAGAGCGAGGGAGAAGGAGAGAGAGCUGGAGAGAUGGAGGGAGAAGGAGAGGCAGAGAGAGAGGGUGGCGGAGAGUCGCAGGGAGCUGUUCUCUGCCGUGGUGGCCACUCCCACAGCAGCUCUGAGACGACGUCAGCAAACACAGACCCCUUCCCCUGCUCCUCCCCCCGUCACCAUGGACACCAUCGACAUCGAGCUCAGCCCAAUCAAGAAGCAGCAGUCCUUCCCUGGCCCCUGCCCCAGUCCCUCCCCCGGCACACUGGUCCGAACAGCCAGCUCCGCCUCCUCCAAGUCGUUGUAUGAAGGUGUGAACAUGAACCUGAACGGCAGCAUUAGCAGCCUGGGGGGGGCUCUGGGAGGUUCUGGGGGGCUGGAGGGGGCUCUGGGAGGGCUGGGUGCCAGCGUGGGAGGAGGAGGGACCCACCGCUAUUCCACCAUCAGCCUGCAGGAGGAGGUGCUGGCCCGGCCUGAGGAGAACCAGGAGCUACUCUCCUCGGGAGCGCCCCUCACCAAGCAGUCCCGCUCCCCCAGCUUCAACAUGCAGAUCAUAUCACAGGUGUAGCCUAUAGCCUGGUGGGGUUGGCGGGGGGGCCUGGCAGGGCGGGACCUGGUGGGGAGGUAGACUCGCGCACACACAUAUAGACACACACAAAUUAAUACAUGCAUAUAUAUACAGGUGUGUGUGUGUGUGUGUGUGAUAGAUAUAUAUAUAUAUAUAUACACACACACACACACACACACACACACACACACACACACACACACACACACACAUCUCACACCCAGCAGUCGGUCUCUGUUUCCUAUUGUUCCGACUGGAACCCCACCCCCUGUAUGGCUGAACCCCACCCCCUGUAUGGCUGAACCCCACCCCCUGUAUGGCUGAACCCCACCCCCUGUAUGGCUGAACCCCACCCCCUGUAUGGCUGAACCCCACCCCCUGUAUGGCUGAACCCCACCCCCUGUAUGG